GGCUUCGCAAUUGGCAGCCACUUUGCGCCGCCUCCCGCGACCCAGAACCAGCCCCGGGACCCCGACGGAACCCCCGGGCCACCGCGCGACCGAGGACAGCCGCCGCGCCCCCGCGUAAAGCAGCGACCGGCGCCCGGAAGGCCGCCCGCCCAACGCCGCCAUGGCCGGCAUGCAGAACGUCCACGAGGCGCUGGCGGCGCUGCCGUCGCUGCCGCCGGGCUCCAUCUCCCAGUCGAGGUUGCAGCACAAUUCAAUGAUGCCGGGCGUGCCCGAGGGCAAGCCGCAGCCGCGCCGGCGGCGCCACCGGAGCCCCGUCCGGCGCCGCGGGCCGAUCGACCAGUACGGCAACUCCCAGGACUACGCGGGUGGGAAGUUCGCCCGGGGUGCUCAAGCUGCUGUCGAUCCAGCCCAAAUAGAACACCGACGGAUGUUGUGCCGCUCGCUACCGAAAACGACUGACAUGCUAGAGGCGCCUCGCACGCGAGAAGAUUGUAGAUUUGUACAAUUACAACUCACCGUACUACUCCAAGGCUGUGCGUCGGUGGAGGGCGGCGGAGAGGCGUACAGAACACUGAUAGUCUCAGGCAACUCGACGUUGUACGAGACGGCCCAGGCCAUCUCGGCGGCCUUCGGCUUGAUAGAUGCCGCCGAUACCGCAAAACCGUUACCGCCGAAGCUCGAGUGCAUUUUUGAAGAUGUUUUGGUUGCUGAAGACGGCCUCACGAUCGAAAAUAGGGAAAUCGCCGGCUUGGAGUGGCGCGACCACCCGACGCGCGUCUUCCACCCCGAGAAGCAAUUGCGGGGCAUCAAGACCGCCGCUCUUUUAGAUAGACCGCUGUUUAGAAGGCCGAGAGGCGAGCGCAAGGACGGCGGCACUCGUUCUCACGUUUCACUAUUAGUGAAGACGGCCGACGAGGCGCCCAUCGAUCCCGCAAUUACCACGCCUCGCACCAAAGUCAAAACGGCAUUGCAACCGAGAAAUGGCCUGUAUCCCUUUACGGUGCGAUGCACCGUGGCUGGAUUAAAUGCGGACAUGCGCCACAAGUCGCAACAAGCUUUACCUAGAUGCGUCGCCGGUGGGGGUGCCGCGUUAGGCGGUCCGAUCAUCAAUUAUGAUAUUGAGAAGCCCGGUGGCAGUGAAGACCCUUCAUCAUUAGAUCGGGUCAACGCGCAGUUCUUCCAGGCCUUCCACGCGAAGCGCGGGAGGAAGCAGGACGGUUCGCUCGAAGUCUUCGAGAAGUUCAAGGACCACCUGCGCAUGCCGCUGGUCCAGCUCGACCUCGCGGCCGAGUACGCGCAGCGUCAUGAUCUUUAAGCGCCUCGUCCGAGUCGUCGCUCGCGCGCCGCGUAAGUACCGUCGGUGCGU